GCCAAAAGCACAAUCUGCCGCCUGGCGCGGGCAGGCUCCGCCCCUGGGCCUUGUGAGUCUCUGGCUUGCUGGGCGGAGGCAGCGGGGCUGGGUCUUCCUCCCCUCCCCUGCCUGUCACGAGGCCGGGCGGCUGUAAACACUGCAGUUUGUGUCCCUGAGCUGCUGGGGGAUGGAUGAUAGCCUGGUUCUCGCGUUGGGAGGCCUGAGCCUCCAGCCUCGAGCGCCAGGCAGGGAGCCUCCUCGCAGGCGCCGCUUCACCAAAAGUCUUUACUUGCUACGAGGUCUGCCCGGCUCCGGGAAAACUACCUUGGCCAGGCAACUGAAACGUGAAUUUCCCAGUGCAGUUAUUUUCAGCACUGAUGACUACUAUUUCACAGAGGAUGGCACGUACAUAUUUGAUCCUGAUUGCCUGGAAGAUGCACACAAGUGGAACCAGAAAAGAGCACGUAAAGCAAUGAAGAAUGGGAAAUCCCCCGUUAUUAUUGAUAAUACCAACAUCCACGCUUGGGAAAUGAAGCCAUAUGUGAUAAUGGCACUUGAAAACAACUAUGAAGUUAUAUUUCGAGAGCCAGAUACACGCUGGAAAUUCAACGUUAAUGAACUAGUGAGACAUAAUAGCCAUGGUGUUCCAAGAGAAAAGAUACAACGGAUGAAAGAACAGUAUGAACAUGAUGUUACCUUUCACAUUGUGCUUCAUUGCGAAGAACCAGCUAGACAUGUCAACAGGUCCCAUGGCAUUCGCAACACUGGAGACUUUUCUAAUCCAAGUCCAGCAUUCUCCAACAGACGAGCUCACACCCACUCCACAAAUGAAAGAUCAUUUAGUAGGAGAAGUAAUUUCCAUAGGGCCUUUUAGUAAUUUUUACCAAGAUGUAUAUGAUUUUUUGACGUUUUUAGCAGUUUUUACUUUUUUUACUGAUACAAUGUACAAAUGUAAAAUAGGGCAGUAAAUGUCUUUACCAGAAGAGGUCUUAAAAUUGUUAAUUUAAAAAAAUUAAUGAGACAGAAUGAGUGAAUCUGCUUGCAUUUCUGUAUCCAAUUUCUUAAAUUCUGUAAGAUUUGUGUGUUUUGUGUAUUUUUAGCAUUAUGUGUUUUACCAGUUUUACACAAGCCUUCAUCAUUACCCUUACAGGACUGUGUUUACUUUUUAAAAAUAAUUAAGGGACACAAUAUUAUUUACUCUUGAACCAGGUAUACAGAAAAUAUGCAAAACAUAAAAAUUCCAGAAAUCACUCUAGAGUAGUAAUUAGAUUUGUAACUGUUUUGUUAGUCCUAACAAAGAACCAGAAAUCCCUUCAAAGUCUUGACAAUUUUUUAAGGUUUAAAUUUUACACUUGUAUUAAGCUGAAUAGAAGUAUCAAAAUUUAAGAAGUACUUUGGAUAGUUAUUUAUUCUGUUGAAUCCACAACCCAAUGAAAGAUUACAAGGGAAGAUCACAAAAAGUGGGACAAGGGCAUUAAUCUGAUGAUUUAGAUAUAAAUAAGGGACACCUAUGUUAAAAUUAGCACUACUGCUAAAUUGGUGUCAGACUGUUGACCGUCAAUAUAUCUAAUCCUCAACAUGCCCAAAUCUGUAGAUCCUUAAAUCCAGAGACUGAAGUCAUGAACAGACAAGGCAUCUUUCUCCAAAGCUGAAAAAAAAAAUCUGAAAAAAAGCAUUGCCUGUAUCAGCAGCUGGGCUGGCCAUUGCUAGAAACUGAACAGUAUUGCCAGCCUGGUUUCUGUCAAAGGCGGGAAGAGGAGACAAGGCCCUUUCAAGGCAUCUGAGGGAGGACUCACUGGGGCUAGGUCAGACAGCAAACACUGGGUGAUUUGUUACCCCCUGGACUAGUUUUCUUGCUACUGUAGAACAGUAGCCAGUCACAAAAAACAAUGUGAUGUAGUGGUUACAACUCGGUCAUAAUUUUCCAGAUAGAGGCUGCCAGGGAGUAAAGGUGAGAAAAUUGAAGACAGGCAGAUAAAGUUAGGUUGGUGAGAAAUGCUAUGGGAGCUUAAAAAAAAAAGGUAGUAGAGAAGGGGAACUUAGAUGUCUCUGCAAGUACUUAGUUAAACAUGUAUCACCACUGUAUUUCAGGAAUUUGUAAAAUUCACCACCAGUCUUGUUGGGCUCUCUCAGUAUUCCAUUUUUCUGAGGACAAAUCAGUCCACAAAUCUUUAUUUUGAACAGGAUUGAAUUAUGUACAAUAGGCAAACAGUGAAACCAAUAAAGAGUUCUUUAAAUAUUAAAAUAUACAAUAAA